UCCGAGGUUUUGAAGGACUGCUGAACAGAAAAUACGAGCAAGAGUAUAGUUGAAGGUGCUAUUGUCUACUUUUAGGAGAUAAGAAUUGCUUGGAAACCCCCGGAUAGAGCUGGUUCGCGGGAAAGGUUGGCUUUGCGGACAGCGCUCAGCUCUAUCGGUUGCGGUUGCGGCUCAUUGACCUUGAACCCUCGGGGCUUCUCUGCCAGACCCUCACCAACAGCACCAUUUACUGUAUGGCAGCUAUUACAAACCUCACAUUAGUUGCAAUGGAGGUGAAACCUGUCGCAAUGGCUCCGGAUGAGGAGUCGCUGUUUGCCAGCGACUCGUCGCUGUCGGAGCUUGGAAGCGACUUAUGCACGAGUGGAGACGACGAUGAAGUUCUAAAAGGACAGAACGGUUAUGAUCUUACAAAAGAUCCGUCAAUGGCGGACUCGUCAUCGGUGCGGAGAAAGAGAAAAGGAGCAGGAACACGAUCAGAGGAAAAGAAGCGUUUGCACAUCGACGCAGCUUUGCUAGCACCAUCGGUAAUCCCAAAGUUUUCGGACGGUGAUGCGAGCCUGCACCCACCACUUUCCGACACGGUCACCAUUCUAGAAGGGGAGGAUACUCCCGCGCGACACGUCUGGCUUCCGAUGCUCGGUCUAAAAGCCUUCCCCACAGGAUAUACACUUUUCACAGUAAAAUCACGCUCGUGGACGCAGGACGGGCAAUUUCGGAUUGAUCAGUACUUAUACGGGCAUCCCUCUGGCGGCUCUUAUCGCAGCGCAAAAGAAUUCCGCCCGCAUUUGGAAUGGCUAGUUACGGGUGACCGAAAUGCAACUUGCAUCUGCCUGUUAUGUGCACGCCUCAGCCGUUCGUUCGAAGCAGUAUCUGCGAAUCACACAUCUGAAUUGAACAAGAAUAAGCCAGAAGAUACCGCACUGCUCAAGCCACAAGAAAUGGACGUAGCCGAAGUGAUGGGCGAUGCUUCCAAGCCGCGCAUAGCCAGGAAGGCGGGCAGUGUACCAAAGCCAGUGCAAAAUGCCAGCCAUAAUACCUUGCCACAGCUGGAGGUACGACCUAAACGGAAGGCGAGCAUGAAUAACAAGGUACUAGCUAUGUUGCGACCAAGCAUGAACCGAACGAAGAAACCGGCAAAGAAGAGAAUUCCGAUUAAGCAAGAAAAUCCCGCACCGAGAAAGAGUUCAACGAAGGCCGGGCGUGACUUGCAUGUCCAAGUGGACGUCGACAGCACAACUUCAACUCCUUCCCCUUUAUCUGACAAUUCAAAGCAAACCCCGGAUUCUGAAAGGCGGCGAAGGUCCCGGAGAGGCGAAGGCGGUGGUGGAAAGUGGAAAUGGACGAUGCGUGGAUGGGUUUGGGUGGAUAAGGAUGGAAAUGAAGAAGUGUUGGACGGUGAUUUUCUGUCCCCGGCCGCAGAGGUUGCAGGGAGAAAGUUGGGUUUUACGGAAGUUCCACCAUCUAUGAGUCCCACGGAGAAAAAAGCUUCUGCUCCUGGAGUUCUUAUUGAGACAAGCGUGGCAGAGCAACGCUUGAAACCGUCGGCUACCGUGACUGACAACAUGAUCAAACCGCAGUCACCAACGACCACAGGCGUUCCUCUACCCGCCUCAAACCUAACCGUCCCUUCAUACUUACGCUCGGAGGACAUUGAACCCCUUGAAAUAAGCAGCAUUUCCAGUGCUGAUCUGGAAGCGGCGGAAGUUUUGGUGAUGGUUGCACGCCGGGGCUCUUUCGGACAUACCGAGAUGUUGCAAGGGAAUUUCGCCGCCCACGCUGGGCAAGUUUGAAAUCUGUGGGGGAUAUAUAUACCCGUUUUAUGAUUAGAAGCCUUGACACUUAUUAAUGUGCUGGGCACUGUGCGAUCUGGGGAUUGUAUAUAGGUGAUAUUUUUGCAAGUGUUUUAUAGAGACACUGAAGAAUAAUAAUAUUUUGAAACGAA